AUGGAGACAAGGAACUUGCGCCGAAGAAGACAAGAAUAUGGACUACUGGAAGCUAACCAAGACGUUGAACCAUCAAAGCAUAAGCCACCGCCUUCAAUGCCGAUUCUUCCAACGAUCAUUUUUCUCAUGUCAAUGUUCAUUUUUAUAAUCGUGGUACUGGGCUAUGCAACAACAGAAAAAACAGCUAUCAACGAUUUGAUCUCGAGGAGACUAAUGGAGAACAUCGAUGUCGAUAAUAUAAAGAACUACUUGAGAGAGUUAACGAAAGAACCGCAUGUGGCCGGAACUGAUGAAAAUCGGCGAGUCGCAGAAGCUAUCGCCCGAAUCUGGACAGAGAAUGGACUUGAAGGUGUUCACUUCAACAGCUACAAUGUGUUGUUGAACUAUCCCGUUUGGGAAAAACCAAAUACGCUGAAAAUUCACAAAGGAUUUGAAACUUUUUAUCAAACAAAUGGGACCGAGCCGAUGAUUUUACCGGAUGAGCAAGGAGAUCCGUUUGCCGGUAUUCAAUGGUUAGCUUGGUCUCCUCCAGGGCAAGUCACUGGUGACAUUGUUUUCUGCAAUGAGGCUCGUGAUUCCGAUUUUCAAACGCUAAAGGAAUUGGAAAUCAAUGUUACCGGUAAAAUAGCAUUGAUCCGCUAUGGAACUGGUUUUCGAGGAGAUAAAGUGAAGAGAGCGCAGCAUGAGGGAGCAACAGCCGUCUUACUGUACUCGGAUCCGGCUGAAGUGGCUGCAGAGGGAAUUGAUGAAGACAAAGUCUACCCUCACACAGCAUGGAUGCCGCAUGAAGGAGUGCAACGAGGAUCGAUCAUUCAUGGAAUGUUUGGAGAUCCGUUGACACCAGUUUUACCGAGCAAGCCGGGAAUCUAUAGGAGUCGUGACAUUGAACAGGCUAAACGUAACGGGAUUUUGCCCUCAAUCCCAGCACUCCCAAUCAGCUACACUACAGCUUUUGAGAUCAUGAAACGAAUGAAUGGACCAUUAGCACCUAAGGAUUGGCAGGGUGGAUUGAAAUUGGAUUACCGAUUGGGUCACGGUUUGCACAAUGACGCAAAAGUUACGCUUGAGGUUCACUCUAUUUAUGAAACAAAAACGAUCAACAAUGUGCUUGGCUACAUCAAAGGAGCAGAAGAGCCGGAUCGCUUUGUGAUAUUGGGGAAUCAUUACGAUGCUUGGGUCUACGGCUCGUUGGAUCCAAAUAGUGGCACGGCAAUCCUCACAGAAAUCGCGAACUCUUUCACGAAAACGAUGAAAGAGACUAGCUGGAGGCCAGCCAGAACGAUUUUCUUCGCUGCUUGGGACGCCGAGGAGUACAGUUUGAUCGGAUCAACGGAAUUUGUUGAGGAAUAUUUGCAAAUGCUACAACAACGAGCCGUCACCUACAUCAACAUGGACUGUAUUCAUGAUAAUAAAACUUUAACUUUGGCCACAACUCCUUCUCUUCAUGAUGUUGUGAUACAAGCAGCUAAACGGAUACCUAAUCCGAGCAAAGAAGAACAACAGCAGGGUCGACCAACUCUUUAUGAUACUUGGUAUCAUUAUUAUCCGGAUGAAAAGUAUAAACACCGACCGUGGAUGAAAAUCCCAUCCGGCAACUCGGACCAAGCUCCGUUCCAAAACUUUGCUGGCAUCCCUGUGAUUGAUUUUGCUUUCAAGAACAAUAGCCCAAUCGACUAUCCUCUUUACCAUUCCAUGUACGAGACACCGUUUCUCAAUGAGCAUUUGGUCGAUUGGGACAACUUUGCGAUUCACCUUGCUACCGGGAGACUGUGGAUUGAAUUGGCACGGAGCUUCAGCGAGUCUGAAAUCCUCCCCAUUAAUCAUCUGGCACUAGCUGAGGCAAUCAUUGAUGACUACAUUCCCCCAGUUCAACAAGCUGUCAACUCAAUAAAACCCUUUGAUCAAUCAGCGGAAGCAGCCAUUGUACAACUUAACGAUCAAGUUCAUCACGUUCAACAAAUGUCUUUGACCUUCAAAGAAACCAUUUUGGAAUUUACGGCCAAAUUUUCGAAGGCAAAGAAUAGAUUUGAGAGGCGAUCGAUCAACGACCGAAUUAUGGCAGUUGAUCGGUGUUUCAUCAAUCCGGUGGGCAUGCUCGGUGCACCACAGAGUCGCCACGUUUUGUUCUCGGUGAGUGACAAAGAUAGCUACAGUAGUCGAGUGAUGGCUGCAGUAUUCGAUACGGACGCAAAAAUAUCGGCUCGACAAAUCUCAAUUGUUCACUAUUCGAUUCUUUGUGCUACAAAUGCUGUGAAAGAGUUUUUC